CGUCACCAGAGCCGGUGUGUAUUUCCGGUUGUCCUUGAUUCUUCAAGUAGUGAGAGAAGGGUAAGGCACCAUGCCGCUUCACAAGUACCCACCUGCCAUCUGGAAUACACUUAAGCUUAAGCAGGGCAUCUAUGCUCGGUUGCCAGCUCACUACCUUCGCUCAAUUCAGGAGACACGUAAACCAUCUCCUGUGCACUGGAGACCCCAUGGGCUGAAAUACAGAAUAAAUCCAAAUAAUGGGCAGCGAGAACGUGUGCAGGAUGUGCCAAUUGUACCUUAUUUCCCCCCACAGGCCAAUGAGGGGCUCUGGGGUGGGGAAGGAUGGGUCAAUGGUUACCGCUAUGCAAACAAUGAUAAGCUCUCUACAAGACUAAAGACGACAUGGAAGCCGCAGCUCUUCACGCGCCAGUUAUUCAGUGAGAUACUGGACAAAACGUUUUCCAUCACAGUUACAAUGCGCACACUAGACUUGAUUGAUGCGGCAUAUGGCUUCGAUUUUUACAUCCUCAAGACACCUAAGGAAGAUCUAUGCUCUAAGCUGGGAAUGGAUUUAAAAAGGGCAAUGCUUUUACGUCUUGCGUCUAGAGACCCGAGUCUACACCCAAACGACACAGCAAAGCGAGAAGAGAUCUAUAAUAAAUACAAGGAGUUUGAAAUACCCAGGGAGGAAGCUGAAUGGGUGGGCCUUAGUCUGGAAGAAGCUGUAGAAAAGCAGAGGCUUCUAGAGAAGAAGGAUCCUGUGCCGCUUUUUAAAGUGUUUGUGGAUGAACUUGUCCAGGAAAUGGCCUCACAGAAACUUUCAGAACCUGAACUCGUAGAGAAUAAAUCCUAACAAACUUACUGAGACUGGUCACCAAGUGGCUGAAUUUCUGACCACCAGAAGGAGGGACUGAGAAACUCCAAUAAAGAGCCAUUUUAUUGUUCCUGCAGUACAGACACGUUUUUUUUCUCUUGCAAAUUGUAAAAACUUGCAGCACUUACUGGGCAGUGAAGGGAAAAGCUGCCUGAUUCCCUCCCACAGAUUUCAUUCAUUGUAUUGCACAUCAUCAGACCUCCGGAGUCCUGCACUGUUCACAGAACAAAACUCCUUGAGGCCAGGUAACCUCACAACAUGCAAACAAAAGGAGAUCAGUGGCAUCUUAAAAUCCAAAGCCAUCAGUAGAAGACCAAGCCCAGUCACAUGGCAGAUGUUCCUCCUUAAAAGAAGACCUUUCUAGUGGGUUUUAUUCUAGAAGGGCCUCCUCACAAAAUAUCAGUUAUGUGAAUAAUAAAUAUGUUUUGUAAUGAA